AUGGUACCAAACGCCAAACGUUGGGAGCAUUAUCUUGACGGUGCAUCAAGACCAAUGAUUGGCUGUGGAGGUGCUGCGGCGCGGAAGAAGGCCACCAUCAACAAGAGCCCAGUGGUUACGAACCUAUUGCCUCUGUCGGGCCUUGGAUGGAGAAGACUGGGCAUUGCCGCUGGUGUUCGCUCAUUUCUCUUGUUUCAGUGGCUGGUGUUCUUUAUCCUCCAACCGCCAACUGGAAUCUUGACGGCCCAAGAAGACGGCGCGACCAAUCCCACAGCGCCAGACACUAAUAGCGAAUCAGCACGAUUAGCCGCCGUGUUCAGCGGUAAUAAUACUGGAUAA